AUGAUUCACGGCAGGAAGCUUCAGCUCCAGAUCAUCACCACCAUUCAUCUUUACCGCCACGACCCUUGGGAGAUCAUCACCACCAUUCAUCUCGCGGCAAUUACUGCAUGCGGUUGGCCAAGAUGGGGGAGAGUGGCACUUCUACGUGCCGAGAGACCGGAAGCAAGGCGGCGGGCGGCCGAGUCGGACGACGGAACGGGGUUGUGGAAGGCCACGGGAUGCGACAGGCCGGUGCGCAGCGCCACCGAUCCGAAGCGGCUCGUCGGCCUCAAGAAGACGCUGGUGUACUACCAGGGCAGGGCGCCUCGGGGCACCAUGGCCGACCGGGUCAUGAACGAGUACCGACUCGCCCGAGAGCUCACCCCCACUGAAGGUGUCUGCAUGUGA